ACAUGCUUGUGUAGCAGCUGGGAUGACUUCUAUCGGUUAAUGUGUCAUUUUAACUAUAACACAAAGAGAUAUCUUCCAGCGAAAACAUGUCCGGAAAGUCGGAAUUUAAAAUAAACUCUCAGUUCGCGCAGAAAUAUGAGAAAUACCGACAGAAAGAAGAGCUACAGAGACUGAAGGACCGGUAUGGAGACCGAGCUGAUGACAGUGAAUCAGAGUCGUCUGAGUCCAGCUCUGAUGACAGUGAAGUGGAGCUGGACCCUGAAGUCGAAAGAGAUUUCUACAGAACAUUGUCACUGCUGAAGAAGAAAGACCCAAAGAUCUAUCAGCCAGAUACAAAGUUCUACUCAGAAGAUGCAUCCACUAGUGAAGAGAAGCCUUCGACCUCUAAGACAGCAGUAAAGCCCAUGUAUCUGAAGGAUUAUGAGCGUAAAGUCAUACUGGAAAAGGAAGGUAAAUAUGAAGAUGAUGAAGACAGCGAUGAUGAAGAGGAGGCCAUCAAGAGAAGAGAGAGAGCCGCCUCUCCAAGCUAUAUCCAGGAGCAGAAUGAGCUGAAAGAAAGCUUCCGUAAGUUCAUCCACGAAAGUGAUGACGACAAUGAGAAUGAUGAGGGCAGCGAGGGAGCAGAAGUGUCCCAGCUGCUGACCAGGAGGAUCAAAACACAGGAAGAGAAGGAUAAAGAAGAGGCAGAUUAUGUGGAAUGGCUGAAAGGUCAGGCUGAGCUCGAGGGUCCCGAGGAGGUGAAGGACAUGAAGUACCUACGGGACUACUGGAACGACCCUGAGUUGGAUGACAGGGAGCGUUUCCUGAGAGACUACGUCCUAAACAAAGGUUACCUAGACGAGAACGAUGAACGGAUCCCCACCUACGACGAGGUAGUGCAGGAUGAUGUGGAGGAUUCUGAGGAGGAAGGGGAGAGUUUCUUGGAGAGGCAGGACGACUUUGAGAGAAACUACAACUUCCGCUUUGAAGAGCCUGACGCUCAGCAGAUCAAGACCUACCCUCGCAACAUCGCCACCUCUGUGCGCUCCAAAGACGAUCGCAGAAAACGCAAAAGGGAGGAAAUAAAAGAGAGGAAGGACAAGGAGAAAGAGCAGAAACGGGAGCAGCUGAAGCAGCUCAAGAACCUGAAGAGAAACGAGAUCAUGGAGAAGCUGAAGAGGCUUCAGGAGCUGACCGGCAACAAGGAGCUCGCCUUCAGUCAGGCUGACUUGGAUGGAGACUUUGAUCCAAAACAUCACGACCAGCUCAUGCAGAAAUUCUUUGGAGAUGAAUAUUAUGGUGAGGAUGAAGAAGAAAAGCCUCAGUUUGAUGAUGAUGAGGAACUUGAAGAGCACUGGAACUGGGACACAUGGACAGGAGAGGAACAAGAGGACUACAGUCAAGUGGAAGAAGAGUAUGAUGAAGAGGACCCCCAUUGCGAAGAUGCAGACUUCAUAAUGGAUGCAGACUAUGACCCCAACCAGCAAACUGUCUCCAAGAAGAAGAAGAAAAAGGAGAGGAAGAUGAUGAAGAAAGAGGAUAUGCCACAAAUGGGCAAAAGGAAAAAGAAGUCUCACUUUGCUGAGGUCAUCACCAAAAACAAGCCUGUGUUCGAUCCUCAGGAGAAAAGCUUUGAGCAGUACUUGGAUGAGUACUAUAAACUGGACUAUGAGGAUGUCAUUGACGACCUUCCCUGCAGGUUUCGCUACAGACAGGUCCUGUCCAACGACUUCGGCCUGUCAACUGAGGAGAUUUUAAAAGCUGAUGACAAGGAACUCAACAGAUGGUGCUCUCUGAAGAAGACGUGCAUGUUCAGGUCUGACAAGGAAGAGAUGUGUGAUUUGAAGAACUAUAAAAUCAAGGCACAGAAUGAAAAUAAAAAGAAAGAGAUCCUGUCCUCUGUAUAUUCCGAGGACCUUGAAGAGGUGGAAGAGGCUAAGACCAAAGUGGGCAAGAAGCGAAGAGAUCGUAUCAAAAAUGCUGAUCAAGGCAGAGGAGCAGAAGAUGGUGAUGGUGACACUGCAGCUAACAUGGACUCUACAGAUGAGACCAUUGCUCAAGCUCUUAGAGAGGCAGGGGACGGUGUGGAAGAGGAGGAGGAAGAGAUUCUGAUCCCCAAGAAGAAGAUGAAACCAGAAGAGGAACCCCAGAUGGUGGUUCCUACUGAAGAAUCAGCAGAUGAAGCUGAGGUGAAAAUAAGGACUGUAAGGCCAAAAUGGUCCAAGAAGAAGCCCAAGCAUUCAGGUGUACGCCUCACAUCAGGGGUGAAAAUAGGUGGCCGGGAGUUCAGUAGACAGAGACUGAAGGCCUACGGUCUGAACCCCAAGAGACUGUUCUUCAGACAGCUCGGCAGACAGAAACGAAAAGCACAGGAGAAGAAAGAGAAACAGAAAAACAAGGAGUGAUAAUGGCUAAGAGAUAACUGUUGACAGAAUUCAUUUUUUAAUUGGACAUUUUUUCCCCACAUGGUUUAAGAAUUUGAAAAUUAUGAAAAUAGUUUUUCCACUGUUUUGACAUCGACUUUUUUGAUAAACAAGCUAUGAGUAAAAAAUAA